AUGGGGGACCAGCAGUUGUACAAGACCAACCAUGUGGCCCACAGUGGUGAGAACCUCUUCUACCAACAGCCACCUCUUGGUGUCCACAGCGGGCUGAACCACAGCUAUGGGAGUACAAUCUCUGGGGCCGGAAUGGAUGCCCCGCAGGCCUCGCCCAUCUCUCCUCACUUCCCUCAAGAUACUCGGGAUAGUUUGGGCUUGCCGAUUGGCUCCAAAAACCUUGGCCAAAUGGAUACCUCCAGGCAGGGAGGAUGGGGAAGCCAUGCGGGGCCUGGGAACCACGUCCAGCUUCGUAGCAACUUGGCCAACUCAAACAUGAUGUGGGGGUCGCCGGCUCAGGUAGAGCCCACUGAUGGCUACCAAUACGCUUACUCCCAGGCCAGCGAGAUCCGGACCCAGAAACUCACCAGUGGUGUUUUACACAAGCUGGACUCUUUCACCCAGGUGUUUGCCAACCAAAACCUGCGAAUUCAGGUCAACAAUAUGGCCCAGGUGCUGCACACUCAGUCAGCAGUGAUGGAUGGAGCCUCUGACAGUGCUCUUCGCCAGCUGCUCUCUCAGAAGCCCGUGGAGCCCUCAGCAUCAGCUAUAGCGUCUCGCUACCAGCAGGUGCCCCAGCAGCCUCACCCUGGCUUCACAGGUGGACUGCCCAAACCAGCCCUUCCGGUCGGGCAGCACGCUCCCCAAGGGCACCUAUAUUAUGACUACCAGCAGCCCCUGGCCCAGAUGUCAAUGCAAGGAGGACAGCCACUGCAAGCCCCUCAGGUGCUGUCCAGCCAUAUGCAACCAAUGCAGCAGCACCAGUAUUACCCACAGCCGCCGUCUCAGCAGCAGCAAGCCGGUCUGCAGCGGAUCUCGAUGCAAGAAAUGCAGCAGCAACCGCAGCAGCAGAUUCGCCCCUCACAGCCUCAGCAGCAGCAGCAGCUCCAACUGCAGCAGCGGCAGGGUUCACUGCAGAUACCUCAGUAUUAUCAGCCCCAACCCAUGAUGCAACACUUGCAAGAGCAGCAGCAGCCCCCAAUGCACCUGCAGCCCCCUUCCUAUCACAGGGACCCUCAUCAGUAUACCCCGGAGCAGGCACAUGCUGUCCAGCUGAUCCAGCUGGGCUCCAUGCCGCAGUAUUACUAUCAGGAGCCUCAACAGCCCUAUAGCCACCCGCUCUAUCAGCAGAGCCACCUGUCCCAGCACCAGCAGCGUGAAGACAGUCAGUUGAAGACAUACUCUAGCGACAGGCAGACUCCAGCUAUGCUGAGCUCCCACGGUGACAUGGGGCCCCCAGAUACAGGGGUGGUAGACCCAGCAAGCUCAGAGAUGACCCGAGUCAGCAGUACCCUUCCUCACCAACCGCUCCUGUCCCCCAGUGGAAUCCACCUCAACAACGUGGGGCCCCAGCAUCAGCAGCCGUCUCCCAGUGCGAUGUGGCCCCAGAUGCACCUACCUGAUGGGAGAGCGCAGCCAGGGUCCCCGGAAUCAAGCAGUGGCCAAACCAAAGGAGCGUUUGGGGAACAAUUUGAUGCCAAGAACAAGCUGACUUGCUCCAUCUGCCUGAAGGAGUUCAAAAGCCUGCCUGCCCUGAACGGCCACAUGCGGUCCCACGGGGGAAUGAGGGCCUCCCCCAGCCUCAAACAGGAGGAAGGAGAGAAGGCCCCACCGCCACCGCCUCAGCCUCAGCCUCAGCCUCAGCCCCAGCCGCCACUGCCACCUCCACCUCCGCCGCCACCGCUCCCUGCUGAGGCAGAACGCCUCACGCCUAUGGUCAUGCCCGUGUCUGUCCCUGUCAAGCUUCUCCCACCCAAGCCCAGCUCUCAGGGGUUCACCAACAGCGUCGCUGCCACCCCCUCGGCCAGAGACAAGCCAGCCAGCUCGAUGUCGGACGACGAGAUGCCUGUGCUCGAAAUCCCCCGGAAACAGCAUCCACCCAUCACCGCCAAAGUUGAGGAGCCCCUCAAGACCCUACCAGAGAAGAAGAAGUUCCGGCACCGGCCUGAGCCGCUCUUCAUCCCGCCACCGCCUUCUUCCUAUACUCCCAACCCCACUUCUUACUCGGGGGCCACCCUAUACCAGAGCCAGCUGCGCUCCCCACGCAUCCUCGGGGACCACCUGCUCCUGGACCCCGCCCACGAGUUGCCCCCCUACACGCCGCCACCCAUGCUGAGCCCGGUGCGCCAGGGCUCAGGGCUCUUCAGCAAUGUCCUCAUCUCGGGCCACGGCUCAGGAGUGCACCCCCAGCUGCCCCUCACUCCCCUCACGCCCACGCCACGCGUGCUGCUGUGCCGCUCCAGCAGCAUCGAUGGCAGCAAUGUGACAGUCACCCCAGGACCUGGAGAGCAGACUGUGGACGUCGAACCACGCAUCAACAUUGGCUUGAGAUUCCAAGCAGAGAUCCCAGAACUGCAAGAUGUCUCCGCCCUGGCUCAGGACACACACAAGGCCACGCUGGUGUGGAAGCCGUGGCCUGAGCUGGAAAACCAGGCCCUCCAACAACAAGUGGAGAAUCUUCUGAAUUUGUGCUGCUCCAGUGCACUGCCGGGUGGAGGGACCAAUUCAGAAUUUGCGCUGCACUCUCUCUUUGAGGCCAAAGGUGAUGUGAUGGCUGCUCUGGAAACUCUGCUGCUACGGAAGCCAGUCAGGUUAAAAUGUCAUCCUUUAGCAAAUUACCACUAUGCCGGCUCUGACAAGUGGACCUCUCUAGAAAGGAAACUGUUUAACAAAGCGCUGGCCACCUACAGCAAGGACUUUAUCUUUGUGCAGAAGAUGGUGAAGUCCAAGACAGUGGCUCAGUGCGUGGAGUACUACUACACCUGGAAGAAGAUAAUGCGGCUGGGGAGGAGACACCGGACACGCCUAGCGGAAACCAUUGAUGACUGCAUGACAAGUGAAGAGGAAGAAGAGGCAGAGGAGGAAGAAGAGGACCCGGAAGAAGAUAGGAAAUCCAUAAAAGAAGAGGAGAGUGAAGUGGCCAAGUCACCAGAGCCACCACCUGUCCCCGCCCUGGCUCCCACUGAGGGGCCACCCCUGCAGGCCACUGGCCAACCAUCUGGCUCUUUCAUCUGUGAAAUGCCCAACUGUGGGGCUGUGUUCAGCUCCCGACAGGCACUGAAUGGCCAUGCCCGCAUCCACGGCGGCACCAACCAGGUGACCAAGACCCGAGGUGCUGUCCCCUCUGGGAAGCAGAAGCCAGGUGGCACUCAGAGUGGGUACUGUUCAGUAAAGAGUUCACCAUCACACAGCACCACCAGUGGAGAGACAGACCCCACCACUAUCUUCCCCUGCAAGGAGUGUGGCAAGGUCUUCUUCAAGAUCAAAAGCCGGAAUGCACACAUGAAAACCCACCGGCAGCAAGAGGAGCAGCAGAGGCAGAAGGCUCAGAAGGCGGCUUUCGCAGCAGAAAUGGCAGCCACCAUCGAGAGGACUACUGGGCCGGUGGGGGCACCUGAGCUGCUGCCCCUGGACCAGCUGAGUCUCAUGAAGCCGGUCAAGGACGUGGACAUCCUGGACGAUGAUGUGGUCCAGCAGUUAGGGGUCAUGGACGAGGCCGAGGUGGUGGGCACGGAUCUUCUCUUGGAUGACCAAGAUUCGGUUUUGCUUCAGGGUGACACAGAACUCUAAGCCCCUCAUUCAUCACCUAGAGACACAGAAGGCAUGACACCUUCAUCAGUCAGGAAAACCUGGACUUCCUGCUCCUUUGAAAGCCCUUUUAAACUACCUGUUUAAAAAGUGGUCCUUUUCUUCAGGUUAAAGGAGGGGAAACAAAUCCAGUUCUUUUCUCUUUUACCUUCUUUUCAAUUGUUUUUGUUGGGGGUUGGGGGGAAUAAAAAAUUGGCACAACUAUCUUUAAGAGGUGUCUCAUCUGGGCUGUGUUCUCGCGAGGCCAUUUCCCGCAGGGAUGAGCCUCACGUUCGUGUUGCUUUGCUUUCAGAUGUCAGCCACCCUGGUUGCCUUUUAUCUCCAAACUUGAUGUGAAUGUGUGCGUGUGUGCAGGCGUGUGCGUGCAUGUGUGUGCAUGGGUGUGUGCAUGCUACGUGUGUGCGUGUUGCUUGUGUGUGUGUACGCGCACGUGCAUGCGUGCGUGUGA